CUCAACCCCACCCCUAGAUGUACAUGCACACACCACCCCCUACAUGCCCCCCACUCCUACACACUCACACACAGGCUCCUACAUCUACCCUGCUACAUACACGCCUAAUGCGCACACACACCUGCUUGCACCUACCCCCUACACAUGCCCCCACACACCUACCCCACUGUACCCUGCUCCCCACAUGCACACCUGGUUCCCUCCAUAGCCCCUGUGGUGCUGCAGGUGUGACGUGUGCCCGUCUUUCCCUGUGUGAAGCCCUCCUGUUUGGCAGGGGCAGGCGUGGGGGAACAGCUUCAUGGUUCUGACAGCCCAGACCCAAUCUGGUCUUUGUUGCAGGAAAUACCCAUCCCAGACCAGCACUCCUAUUCCCACUGAUGCCUGUAACAGCAGCAAGACUGUCCUAUUGACUUGUUCCCUGAGGGGCCUGCCACACAUUCAAAUUAAAGCUGGAUAGAAACCAGCUAUAGAGUUGCCACACAUUUUCAAGCACUAACUUUCUAGCUGGUUGACUCUUUUUAUAGCUGGAUAGUCCUUUUUGUGGUGUGACAGUUACUUUGCAUGUGUGGCCAGUUUAAAUUUAUUGCACAGUUAACUGCAUAAAAUAUGUAACAUGUAGCAGGAGCCUUGUAUGCAGCCUGAGGUGUUGUGUGAAAGUGGCUUUAAGAGCUGAUGGCCUUAGUGUCUGGUCUGAAUAGUGUGGACCUACCUUGUCCAGCUGUGAUAGACAGCUCUCCUUCAAGAGCAAGUUACCAGUGUCCCACUAACUACUGGGAUGGUUUAGUCAGGGAUGAUCCUGCCCUGAGCAGGGGGCUGGCCUAGAUGAUCCAGCCCUGCUUUCCCCACGAUCCCUCAAAGCUAGUGUGUGGGUACAGAGCUGGCUGUUUCUGCCAGGUGAUCUGUUGGUUAGACCUUCCCCCUGGAAAAGGAUGAAAUGGAUUGCUGAAUGCACUUAACUCUUUUCCCCUUUAUUAUGAUUUAGGUGAUUGUUUCAGUCAGUUCAAUUAACUUGGUGCAGAACAGAGUGCCCACCAAUCUGUUUUACAUCCGGAUAAUGUAAGAGACUGAGUGUCAGUCUCUUGAGAGGAUUACUGUUAGAAGCAGUGUUGAGAGGUGCUGGGCUUGGGGAUGUUUGCAUUUGCUAAAAAGCAUUGAAAAAUUGUGGUUUUUUUAGUAAGGUUGGAGAAAGGCUUUUCAAAUGUGGCUGGGAAAGGCAUCAGGCAUGGAGGACUGCCAGCAAGUAUGAAGAAAGUAAGGUGCAACAGUGCUAAAAGGACAUGAAAGGAGUAGUGUGACAGACAUCUUUUCCUAAACAGUGAAGGAACAAAGAGGGGGAAUGUGAAGAAAAUGCUAGUUGUGGAGAGUGCUGGGUAGGAUAUAAGGAGCUUACAUUUGAUUUGCUGGCCAGCAGAGACCCAGUACAUGUCUCGAGAACAUAUGAAUAUGAUCUAAAAAACUUGGUGGAAGAGUGGUGGAUUUCUUCAAUGUGGUAGUGUAGCAGAAAAAUUGUGUGUGGUCUGUUUUAAACAUAGUAAAGAGCCUGAAGAGAUUUAGUUGACUUUGAUGGUGGAACAGGUACAGCUUAAUGUGGUAAAGUGAAAUGGAAGAUUUUGGGUAGAGAUUGCAACUAUUAGUAAAUCCUAGUGGUUCAAGUCUUGUCUCGCAUGCGUCAUAGGAAGGAUCAAAGGUUUAACAAAUCUGGGAUCAAAACUGGUACUAGCUCAGGGUUAUCCAAUUGGUGGCUUGUGAGGGGUUAACAUGCAGCCCCAGGACUCUCAUCUGGUGGCCACUGCCCUUAUUACUUUGGCUGCAGCAGCAGGUGGGGUCUUUGGGCUCCCCUUCCCUCCCCUUGCUUCAGCUGUAUGCCUCCAUCCAAGGAGACAGGGCUUCAUGCUGUGGCGCAGGCUGCCAUGCCAGGUAGCCCAGGAUGCUCGUGUGGCAUGGUGCCAAGUUGAGGUGGGCUGCUGUGCCAUGUUGGGGAGUGCCUUCCAUGUACUGUACAUGCAUGGGUCGUGCUGGCUGAGGGGUAUCAGUAGCUGGGACCGAGCACCUCUGCUAGUGCUACUUCUAUAGUAUGUGGUCUGUGGGGGAUGUGGCCCUCAGCUGCUUUGAAGUUGGACAGUCCUGCACUAGGACAUUCUUUUAAAACAGAGUUGCUGGACAUUUUGGCCCCGUGGACCAGAUGAAUGGGGUAGGCUGGUCUGUGGACUGGAUGGAGCGCUGUGUAUUGGGAUUGAGCCUUGGGGCCUGACACAGCCCCGCUCCUGCCCCUGCGCACCUAUAUGCUUGGAUUGGGUCUCGGUGGUCUGAGAUCUUUGUCACCAAUACCAGCUCUUUUGACCUUGUAUGCACUAACUUAGUUAAAAAUCAUAGCAGCAGGUGUAUAUGUGUGUAUACUAUAUGUUGCUCCUGUAGGUAAAAUUGGGAUAGCAUUGGGCACUUCUCUUUCCUUAGUCUACCCACAUUGACUAACCAGUCCACUUCACACUGUUGCGAAGUAGGCAGUUUGAGAGAAUAUUAGCUGGGAAAUGACUUUCCUGAUGUCAUGUGGUGACUCUAGUAGUGACUCUUCAGCAGGCUCAGGUUAGAGUGCAGGAGUUCCUGGAUCCCCUUGGCUUGUUCUCAGGCCACCCAGAUUUUGUGCAGCUUCCUAGGGUUUGGAACUUCCUGGGAUAAAAGGUCAGUCAUGCAACAGUCUUCAGGCUCAUGCAUUUAACCAGCAGGAAACAGUUCUACAAGGAAUAAUGUUACCAACAUGUCUGUGCAUUCGCUGCUUUGUGACAGAAUCGCUGUUGCUAAGGAAUUAAUAAAAAGAGCAGAAGCCCUUUCCAGGUCAUACAAAGGAGGUAUAGAAGGUGGAGCAAAGCUCUGCAGCAAACUGAAGGCUGAAUUAAAAUUCUUGCUCAAGGUGGAAGGAGGAAAGGUGGCCAUUAAGGAAUCCCAUCUACAGAGCACAAAUCUCACGCACCUCCAAGCCAUUAUUGAGUCAGCAGAGAACCUGGAAGAUGUUGUCAGCAUUCUCCAUGUCUUUGCCUAUGAAGACAAGUUUGGUGAAAAGCAGAUGCUGGUGGUAGAUGUUGUUGCAAAUGGCGGUCACACCUGGGUGAAAGCAAUUGGUCGAAAAGCUGAAGCUCUGCACAACAUUUGGCUGGGCAGGGGCCAGUAUGGCGACAAAAGCAUUAUUGAACAGGCAGAGGAUUUCCUGCAAGCCAGCCACCAGCAACCAGUUCAGUACAGCAACCCGCAUAUUAUCUUUGCUUUUUACAACAGUGUGUCCAGUCCUAUGGCAGAGAGGCUCAAAGAAAUGGGUAUAUCUGUGCGGGGAGACAUAGUUGCUGUUAAUUCUUUGGUAGAAACCUCAAAUGAAAACAGACACUUAAGUGCCAGUGAAUCUGAUGAAGAAAGCCCUGAGCUGCUGCAGGUGACCAGUGUAGAUCGAGAGAACUUAGUAGCCAGCGUUGCUUUUCCUACAGCGAUCAAAGUAGAUGUGUGCAAUAGGGUUAAUUUGGACAUCACCACUUUAAUUACCUAUGUAUCUGCGCUUAGCUAUGGUGGCUGCUAUUUCAUCUUUAGAGAGAAGGUGUUAACAGAGCAGGCAGCACAGGAAAGGAAAGAGAGAGUCCUGCCUCAGCUGGAGGAUUUCAUGAAAGGAAAGGAGCUGUUUGCUUGUGAAUCUGCAGUCAAAGAUUUUCAAUCCAUCUUGGAAACUUUAGGUGGACCAGGGGAGAAAGAACGAGCCAUGUUGCUAAUUAGGAGAGUUAACGUGGUGCCAGACCAGCCAUCUGAUCGUGCCUUAAGACUAGUGGCUAGUUCUAAAAUCAAUAGCCGCUCACUAACCAUCUUUGGGACAGGAGACACUUUAAAAGCCAUCACAGUGACCGCAAACAUCGGUUUUGUUAGGGCAGCAGCUAAUCAAGGAGUCAAGUUUAGUGUAUUUAUCCAUCAGCCAAGAGCACUGACAGAAAGCAAGGAGUCUGUUGCCACACCUUUACCAAAGAAUUGUACAGCAGGUUGUGGGCUUUGAUGAAGCCACCUAAUUAAUUAUGGUCUUUAAGAUAAAUGAUUUAUGCUGGUGGGUGUGUUUUCUGUUACAAUAGCUGAUUAAACCUGCUGCAGGAAGAAGCUAUGAAGUAGAACUGUUAAAACAAUACACUUUUUUUUCAUGUGCAUCAGUCAGAACAUUAACUGUAAUUGCUCGAGAAAUACAGUUCCUUAAAGGACUUGUAUCCUCUAUAAAUGUAAUUUUUGUUUUCAAUUCAAUAGGUCUAAUUUAUUCACUAGGAUAAUGGCAUUUCAAUGAAGAAUGUUAACUGUGUCCUACCUUAUUAAAAUAUUCAGUUUAAAGCAUUA